CUAUUUCAACACACUUUUCGUGUGUUCAUUAAGUUUUGUAAAAUAAACAUAAAACAAUUUCAUUUACGCUUUUUCAGUUUAUUUAAAUAUUAGUUACAUGAGAAGUAUUAAGAAACUAAAAAAAUAGAAGAUAGAACAAUGUAAAGUUAUAAUAAAUAUGGAUUUUCUGAUUUGUAUAUCUGGAUCAGUAGAACCGGUAUAACCUGUAUAUAAAUAACUAUUACAAUGAGUAACAGUAUAAGAUCUGUUAUACAUAAAAAGAUUACUCAAUCCUUGAACUCAAACCUUUUGACUAAAAACAUCAAGGCCUCGCAUUUAACAUUAAAAUACAAUACGAAUGACGAGUCAUUUUCCUUUUUAUUUCCUUUAAAAGUAAAGGAAUAUAACAUUCUGCAAGAUGCCGAAUCAGUAACAACAAUCGAAAUUGACAAAUUCGUCAAAAAUAUCGAACAUUUGAAGUCCCAUCAUAAGGAAUGGUUGUCUUUUCAAUUGGACAGAAAUCAAUAUGUGAAGGAAAUGCUCGACAACAAUAUCAAACAAAUAACUCCUUUUGUCGAAGCAAAUCCCAGUAAUGUUGUGGUAGAAUUCAGUUCUCCAAAUAUCGCAAAACCGUUUCACGUGGGCCACUUAAGAUCAACAAUAAUAGGAAACUAUAUCGCGAAUUUGAAUAAAUUUCUGAGCAACAAAGUAACAACCAUAAAUUAUCUAGGCGAUUGGGGAACACAGUUUGGUUUUGUUCAACUCGGUCUUAAAUUGGCUAAUAUUUCGGAAUCUGCAUUGAAAGAAGAUCCAAUCAAUUCUUUGUACAAAGCUUACGUUUAUGCCCACAAUUUAAGUAAAGAAGAUCCAUCGAUUGAGGAUAAAGCGAGAGACAUUUUUAAACUCUUAGAAGACGGCGAUAGUGAAAGUCUGAAGGAAUGGGAAAUUUUGAGACGUUAUACAGUCGACGAGUUGAGAAAAACGUACAGUAGGAUAGGAAUAACAUUUGACGAAUAUCACUGGGAAUCUAUGUACAAUGCUAAAAAAUUAGAAACACUAUUUUCUGAAUUGGAACGGUUGCAGCUGCUAAGUACAGAUGAGGAAAGUAGAAAAGUUAUUCGUCUCAGUGAGAAAAAGAGUGUACCUAUCUUAAAAAGUGAUGGUUCUACUUUGUACAUAACGCGAGACAUCGCUGCCGCAGUAGAUAGAUUUAACGAGUAUAAAUUUGAUAAUAUGUACUAUGUUGUCGAUAAUGCUCAGUCUGAACAUUUUGUGAGGCUCGUGAAUAUUCUAGAACGCAUGGAAUACCCGUGGGCGAAGAGAAUUAAACAUGUGAAGUUUGGGAAAAUUCGUGGAAUGAGUACAAGAAAGGGUACAGCUGUAUUUUUGAACGAUAUUUUAGAUGAAACGAGAGCAGUUAUGAAAGAGAAACAAAUACAAUCGCCGAAUACGAAAGUUCCUCUUAAUAUAGAUGACAACAGUACAGAUAUCCUUGGAGUCUCGGCUGUAAUUAUUAAUGACUUGAAACAGAAACGUGCUCAUGAUUAUGAUUUCGAUUGGAACAAGGCUUUGGAUAUAAAAGGUGAAACAGGCGUGAGAUUACAAUACACACACUGUCGUUUAGUCAGUUUAGAAGAAAACAGUGGAGUGGAGCCAGCAGCUGAAUGUAAUCCAGAAAUUUUGAAGGAAACUUGCGUAGAUGAAUUACUUUUUGUGCUUGGUCUUUUUGAGGAAACGAUAUUUAGGUCGCACGAGAGUCUGGAACCAUGCCUAUUGGUGGGCUAUUUAUUCAGACUGAGCCAUGUCAUCAAUAAAAAUUUGUUGGAGCUGAGAGUCAAAGAUGAACCAUCUGAUGUAGCUUCUCAGAGAUUGCUGCUUUUCAACGUAUCUCGAAAUGUUCUUGCUAAAGGAAUGCGACUUCUUGGAUUAAAUCCACUAAAUAAAAUGUAGAAACUGAGUUCAACUCAUACGGUAUGUAAGUUACUGUAAAUUUUUGUAAUUAAUUUUUUAACUUCAGUAAAUGCUUGAAAUAUAAUGUA